UAGGGAGAAUAAGUCUUUUUAGGGGUUUUUGAAAUUAAGUAGAAGCAUGUUUUAAGAUAAUUAUUUUUCAUGAUGGAAGAAACGAAGUUAUGUGUUACAUGUUUUUUCUUUUAUAAGCAUAACGUUUAUAAGCAUAUUUAGGCUCAGGGUUAGUGAAAAAAUAAGCAUAUUACAAGUAUAACUGUGAGCCCUUCUUGUUUUGCUGCAAUAUAUAGUUAAAAAUGUGAAACUUUGUUCUUUAUUUUUUGGUUACUGGGUUUGGAACGGUAACGGAAAUAAGCAUAUUCCUAGCAUAAUUUAAGCAUCUUUUGUAAUUAAUGCUAAGCAUACCAAAGCAAGAUUUCAAAAAUUCAUAUGCUAAUUAAAAAAAGAAAACAUGUAGAUCUAUUUUCGCAAGGGAAUAAAAAUAUUGGAAUUUUGGUGAUUACAUUUCGUGGUAAUACUAGCAAUAUGCAAUUCACUUUCUUCACAGAAACUUUCACUUUUGCACAGAAAAUUUAUGUUACUAUAUUAAUCUUGUUUGCUUUGUGUUUUGUUGUACAGUGGUGUUGCGAUUUGUCUUCAGAAUAACAAGUAAAAUAAAUGACAAAAUCUAUGUUUGACUGUGUAGAGUUGGCUCCACCUGAUAAAGUGAGUUUAGUGGUUGGUGCUUAUCGUGAUGAAGAAGGGAAGCCUUAUGUUUUACUUGUUGUUCGAUAUGUAGAAAAACAAAUUCCUGCUGAUAACAGUCUUAAUCAUAAAUAUUUACCAAUCGACUCAAAGAAUUAUCCGAUGCAGCAGCAUUGCAGACCCGAUAGUAAUGCCAUAACUGAAAAUCGUGUAGCUUCUGCUCAGUCAUUAUCAGGAGCUUGCGUUUUAUCUUCCAGAACCAAUAUUAACAAAUCAGAAAAGGUUCUUGUGAUGACAGGUUUUAAUGAUGUGCGCGAACAUAUGUAUUUUUCUCCAACCACAAAAGGUCUGGACAUUCUUGGUAUGAUUGAUAGUUUGCAAUUUGCACCUGAUGGGUCUGUUAUUGUUCUUCAUGCUUGUGCACAGAAUCCUUGUGGUGCUGAUCCAAGCAAGGUUGAAUGGAAAACAAUUGCAGAUGUUGUUGAAAAGAAGAAACUAGUUGUUGUGUUUGACAUGGCUUACCAAGGUUUUGUGAGCUGUGAUCCAGACAUAGAUACGUGGACUGUUCGCCAUUUUGUUAAUCAAGGCUUUGAAUUGUUUAUUUGUCAGUCUUUUGCUAAAAAUUUUGGAAUUUAUAAUGAGCGUUGUGACAAUCUCUCUGUUGUUUGUAAAAAUAGUGAAAUAGAUGCAAGUAAAUUGAAAUCGAUUAUUUAACCCAUGUAUUUUAAUCCACCAAACCAUGGAUCAAGAAUCGUAUCUACAAUUUUGAACAACCCUGCUCUUAAUAUGGAAUGGCUGCGCACAAUAAACUUAAUACAAAAACACCUUCAAAUCAGAACAUCUGAACAUUGGUGUAUGUUGCGUAAAAAUCUAUUAAAGUUGCAAACUUUUUACAUUUGUACUGAAAUUUUGGAGUGGGGUAAUUAUGCUUUUCUAAUUUACUUCAGACCUCAACAAUUGCGGACAAAGUUCAUUCGAAUUAAAAAAAUAUUCGACUUACAACAGGACUGGAAAGAACAGUUAAAAUGCAUGGCCAAAAGAAAUGAUUCUGCCCAAGCAUUGUUCGUGAAAAGACUAAAAGCAAUCGAAACUCCAGGCAAUUGGUCUCAUAUUUUGAAUCAGAAGGGUUUAUGUGGAUUUACCGGUUUAAAUGCGAAACAAGUUGUUGUUUUAAAAGAGAAACAUCAUAUUUACAUGUUACCAAGUGGUCGUCUCAACAUGUGUGCUAUUAAUCUAAGUAAUAUGAGACUUGAUAAUAUCCACUUACAAACAGUCGGCUGGCUGGAGAGACCACAUCAAGGGACUUAAAAUGAAGUAGAUCUUUAUAUUAUUAUUAUUUAAGGCUCAUUUUGGGACAUAUAGAAUGAGAGAUCUAGAAUUUGCGUGUGAUGAUGGUUCAAAAAUGGUGCUUGUUUGAUCAAAAAAAUUCACUUCAAUCUUAUUGGCUAACUUUGAUAAACCUAGAAGAGAAAAUAUUGCAUGUUUCGAUUAUUUUUACAAAUUUGUUUUUAGUAAAAAGACCUUGUACAAUAGUGUAUGUAAUGUAAAUAUAUGAAAGAUGUUCAUAGUUUUUCCAUGUAAAAUUUCUUAUUACUACUGAACAGUUUUUUCAAAACUCCUUAGACCGGUUUUUUAUUCGCAGCCUGAUUAUCAGUGGAUGUUGCCCUUGUAAAUUCGAGCUACAUUCACAGACAUAUUUGACCGAAACUAAACACUUUUAGUUGUGUGCUAAUUCUGUUCAGGCUACUUUUCUUAACUGGACAAUACAUUUGGAAAUAUGUUCAACUUUUAUGGCAACUGACAGAAGUGCAAAAAAAUUAUGCUCUUUGCAGUAUGUCAAUGUAUGUUUUUUACUCAAAUUACUGCCUCUAGAAUAAUGUAGCUGCAUAUUGUCUGACUGUCAGCAAAGUCAUGGCUCUAUCUUUCAAUUUGCCUGUAAAUAAUUCACUUAGGAAACAUUUUUAACAGCAUCCUGAACAUACAUCAGAACCUCAAGGAGCAUAUAGUGUAAUGUAUUUUAUAUUAUAAUUUUGGAGACGAUAGUCAAAUUUUUUCCUUAUUACUAAGAUUGUUGUUUUAUUAAAAGUGAUUAACUUGUAAACUAAGAUACUCCCAGUCUAUGUCAAAGGCUGUAUUGCAUCUGUUGUUAAA